AUGGUCGCCCCCGCGCCAAACAACAAAACGCCCCCGCGCGGAGUUAGAGCAGCAGGCGCGGGGGGGCCGCACGCCGGAGGCCCAGGCAUGGGCGCGGGUAGGGGUGGGCGGGGGAAGCUUCCCCACUCGUCGUCCGUCGGCGGACCGGACGGCGGAAUGCGCAGGGGGGUGGGCGCGGGGGUGGAAGACCCCUUGGCGGAUCAAUUCGGGCGGAGCAUGACGGUCGGGAACAAAGCGCCCACUCCGCGCGGGCCUGGCGCGGGGAGAGGCGUUGGCGGAGGCGGGCAGUUUGGCGGCGGAGAGCCGGAAAUUGGACGGUCGUUGACGGCCACUGACGGCCGGCACCGAUCGCCGUUAAGACAGAACCCGCACGCGACGGGGGGAAUGGGCGUCGGGGGAAUGAUCACUCCGCGGAGGACCCAGGCGCAACAGAUGGUGGCGGGCGGAGGGCGCGGUGGAAUGGGCGGAAUGGGGGGGAUGGGAGGCGCUCCAGGCAGUCCGUACCGCCAACGCGCGGGGAGCGGGUUUUCGCAAGGCGGGUACAUGGAGGGAGGGGGAGAGUACGGCGACGAAAGCGACGGGAUGUACGGCGAAGAUGGUUACCACCAGAACAUGCAACGGUCGCGAUCCACCGGCAUGGGGAUGAUGGGCGCAGGCGGGCGCAUGGCGGGCGGGGGAAUGGGCGGCGGAAUGCCCCCGCAUGCGCCUGGCGGAAGGGGAAUGGGCGGAGGGCGCAUGGGCAUGGGGGAAGAGCACUACUACACUUCGGACGCGUCGGAAGGGGGGGCCGGCGGAGGGGCGUAUCCGCGUAGUCGGUCGGUGAAUCCGCGCUUAGAGGGCGCGGGGGCCUCGGGGGACGCGGGGGGGAUGGCGGCGCAGGGAAAGGCGGGGAAAGCGGAGGUCGACCCGUCGGAACUCCCCAUGCUGCCCCCCCCGGGCAGUCCGCAAGUCGUGCAGUGUCAGCGCUGCUCUCAGCUGCUAGAGGUGCCAGCAGCGCUCCCUCCCGCCAAGAAGGGCAUUCAGAAGCUCCGCUGCGGCAAGUGCAUGCGCGUCUCACGCUUCCGAGUCAACCCAGCCGACCCACGCUCUGCUGCCGCCGCUGCUGCUUCUGCCGGCGGGGUUAGCGGCGGGGAGGGUUUUUCGGAUAACCCUGACGUGGCGGAUAGUGGGAAUGAGUAUCAGCAGAAUGAUUAUAUGCAGCAGCAACAGCAGCAGCAGCAGCAGCAGCCUCCUAGGUCUCCUAGACUGCUGCAGGGGUUGCCAGGCGCGGGAGGGUUUGGGAGAGGCAUGGGGGGAGGGAUGGGGGGAGGGGGAGGCGGAGGGGGAGCGCCCCCGCUGUCUCCGCGCAUGCAGCGCCCUGGUGGGGGAUUUGGCGGUCAGCAGAUGCACAAUCCAGGUCAGCAGAUGAACAAUCCAGGUCAGCACGGGCGCACGCCGUCCAACGCGGAUUCGGAGAGCACUGUUGUGAUUCGCCAGGAGUCGGCCGGGCGGCACGCGGCCGGCAGUUUCUACCACCACAUGCGACCAGAAUCAGAAUCAGAUCUUAGCUCCCCUGUUAGUGGCGCAGAGGGUCCUUCCCCUAGAGGGCCGAGGGAGGGGGGCGGGAUGGGGGGAGGAGGGGGGAGUGGGGGGGAGGAGCGGGCGACGUAUGCGCGGAGAGUGAUUGUGAACGGGGAACCGAUUCGGGAUGACUAUGUUGCUGUGGUGGAACAGAAGGCAGGGAACAUCCACCCAGGCAAUUAUUGGUAUGACCAGGUCGCAGGGUUCUGGGGCGAGAUGGGCGGCCCAUGCCUCGGCAUCAUUCCACCGGGGAUUGAGUUUGGGACGCCGAUCCCCGUGGACUGUGCGGGAGGCGCCACGCGUGUGUAUGUGAACGGAAGGGAGCUGCACAAGAAGGACCUGGACCGGCUUAUGAAGAGAGGGCUGCCGUCCAAGCCCAACAUGUCGUACCGAGUGGAGAUUAAUGGGAGCGUGUAUGAUGAGGAGACGGGGGACUACCUCCUCAGCCUGGGAAAACUCGCACCCUCGCUGGAAACAAGGAAGCGGGGUGGCGGCAUGAAGGUGCCUGAAUCUAACUGA